CACGGCCGAACAGUGGUUACAUGCCUGUACGGUUACUUUAGCACAGUUUCUGGGAAAAAAAUUAGUUUAUGUUAAAAUGGCGGAGUAUUUUAAAGUUAUGCCCUAUAAACAAGAUUUACCUCCUCCAGGAGGGUAUCCAAAGUUAAAGUUUACUCAAAAUCUUCCAAAACGAGGAAUUACUGGUGUUACUCUGAUGGCAGCUGGUUUAGGAGUUAUGGCUGUUGGAUUUUCUUUUGUUGUUAAAGGAAAUCGAAAAAGACGAGAACUGGGUAAAGAAAAAAUGAAUGCCAGACUUUCAAUAUUACCAGUGUUGUUAGCAGAGCAAGAUAGAGGCAUACUUCGUCGUUUGAAAGAAAAUUUUGAAGCUGAGAAAAUCAUUAUGAAAGACGUAGAAGGUUGGGAGCCUGGUAAAAAUAUAUAUUACACCGAUAAAUGGGUGAGACCACGCCCAGAACAACUUAUAAAAUUGUAGCUUUUGUUUAAAUUUGAAAAAAUUGCUUUAUAGAAA